AUGCAGCUGUUGCUGCUACUCUUUACCUUUUUAUCACUCACAUCACUGACCGUGGCAUCGACACCCACCUCCUUCUGCAAAUGCACCUGUUUCUCCAAUAGUACCAUUAUCCCCCUCAAUCCAAGCAAAUCCGAAACUUCCAGUGGAAUCGAACACGUCCUCCACUUCUACGAACGAACCUUUGCGAGCUCGGAGCUUGAACACACGGAUGAAUACAUCAAGCGCGCGCAAAAGUACCGAUCGCUCAGCUGCAAUGACUGCAAUCGCAAGUUCUGUCUAGACUAUGAGCUGCCGACGUGUAAGGGUGCGAAAGAGGACGAUGUGUAUACCACCUGCUUCCAACGAGACUCGCGGAAGGAUGAGGCGGUAGUGUUUAUAUUUAUAUUUGCUACGGGAGGAUUAUUGGCUUGGGCUGCCUGCAAGCCUUGGAUUGAGCGAUAUGUUGAGGCUGCGCGAGAACGCAGGUCGUACAUACCUGUCUCUGAGGAUCGCUGA